UGAAAUAGGCACAGAUCCCAAAACAAAAAUUAUGGAAAGACUUGAUGAAAUGGGCAAAAUUUUCUGCAACCAUUAUGUACAGGAAACUGAGGACCAUGCAGGUUCACAGAUUGAGUUUGCCCAGAAACGGCUACAGUUAGGAGAAUGUCUAUACUACAAAAUGGUGGAAAGUAUACUGUUUAAUGAGAGAAAGAGGAUGGAUAACAAAGAAGGCAAAGCAGCCCUAGCGACUCUGAUGGAGCAAGAUAUAUUUCAUAGAACAUUGUUUGCUUGCUGUUUAGAAAUUGUUAUCUUCUCCUACAAUUCUCAGAGGUCCUUUCCUUGGAUAGUGGAAAUCUUCAACCUCAGUCCUUACCAUUUUUACAAAGUGAUAGAGAUAAUUAUCAGAACAGAAGAAGGAUUAUCUCGAGAUGUUGUCAAACAUCUCAAUCAUAUUGAAGAAAGUAUUCUAGAGAGCCUGGCUUGGCGGAGUGACUCUCCAUUGUGGGAUGCCAUCAAGGAAAGUAGUGUUCCAGGUUGUGAGGAUGUCGUGCUGCCCAACGACCAUGAUGGGGUGAAAGCCUCACCCGUCAAACAUCCGGCGGUCAUCAGGGUAACAGAAACUCAGCCACAACAACCAAAGAAAGAUCCCUUGAUGUCCCCUCCAGCAGGUGUCUCAGCGGCCGAUCGCUUCAGCUCGCCGUCACCAGGGAGUGCCAAAAGACGACUAUUCAGUGUCCUGACCCAGCCGCUCGAUACACCACUGCCUGUACCAUUGUCCUCAGAGAAUACUCCCACAGAAAAUAACACUAGUUCAGGGACCAAGACCACACAGAUUAUAGCCUUCCAACAGGCUCAGACAAACGAUGGAAGACAGAUUCUCAUCCCAGUCCAUACAAUAAUCCAUUCAGGAGCAAAAGAUGACAAAAAAGACCCUGCUAAAAAUAGACCCAAGAAAACAGGCUCAUUGGCUCUCUUCUUCAGAAAGCUAUAUCAUUUGGCUAGUGUGAGAUUACGAGAUUUAUGUGAACAAUUAUACAUUGAUGACAUUGAUCUUAGGAGGAAAAUGUGGACUUGUUUUGAGUAUGUUCUUGUUAACCAUGUGGAGUUGAUGAUGGAUAGACACAUUGACCAAAUUAUUAUGUGUGCAAUUUAUGUAAUGGCUAAGGUAUCAGACCAUCCACAGUCUUUCACAGACAUCAUGCGAUGUUACAGACUACAGCCACAAGCUGAAAGUCACGUUUACAGAAGUGUUCUACUGAAAUGUCGCUCUAGAAGGAAAUCGGGAGAGAGUGACAGCAGUAAGAAUGGCACAAGUGGCCAAUCUUCCCCAGUCAACGUAGAGAACACAGAUAAAAAGAGAUCAGAAAAAUUGUCAACAAUGAGAUCAACAAGUACGCUCCCCACCCCUCACCCCGGGAGCCACCCCCCUACCCCCACCAUUCUGAUUCAGUCUGCUAGUGGGGGUGAGGAAGGAGAGGAGAGGGGUGAUCUCAUCAUGUUCUACAAUAGGGUUUUCGUAGAGAAAGUUAAAAAGUUUGCACAGAAGUUUUCUGCUCAAAAGAAUUCUAAGGAUUGUCCACCUCUGUCACCUUUACCAGUGGUCAAAAGUCAGUCAGCCUCUCCUAGGCGAGUGUCCAGUAAACACCCUAUUUAUCUCUCUCCGCACAAACCAACCUUACAUGCAACACCCAUGGCAACUGGAUUGUCUUACUCUUUUCAAAAGAGUCCUGCAAAGGAUUUAAGGGCCAUUAACAACAUGAUAAAAAUGAAAGACUUUAGGGAGGGUAAGAAGAUUCUGGGUAAACGUCAACUGGAUGUCACCAUGGAAGAGGAGGAUGCUCCACAGACCAAACAGCUGUGUACAUACUCCUUCUUAAAAAGGCUACAGAACGUUAGCAGCGACAGACAGGAAGCCAGCGUCCUGAAACUGGACUAAUUCAUCUCUUCUUCUGUCAUUAUUCUGUCAUACCGAUCUCAAGAAUUUUUUUCUGUUAAAUUGAAUGGAUCAAUAGAAAAACAAGGACGAGUUCAAUAUGUAUUAUUUUAAAUGCAAUAUCCUACGAAUGGUAGUCCCAGGAAUAUUCAUGCAAAAUGUAGAUUAAGUCCUUGUUUGGUAAUUUUCAGUGUGCAAUCUUCAGUAAAACUCAUUUAGAUAAAACAAACAUUGAAUUAACUCAUCUUAUUUUGAUCAAUUGUCCAUUAUGUGUACAAUUCAUUGUAAAUCACACAAUGUGCAGAUAUGUAUAGUAGAUGUAAGAACAGUUUACAUAGGAAUGGAAUUCUCUUUGGAAUUGUGCUGAUCAAUUUUGCUGUAUUUUUGUACAGUGUGUAAAUAUGUGUACAGUAUCAUUUUGUAUAGUCAGGGAUUUUUUUUUUUAUAAA